AUGGCCUCGGGGACUGGAGGGAGCUGGGGUCAUCCCCCAGCACAGACUGCAGCCUCGACGCCCUGGGUGACCAUUCCGCAGCCCCUCCUGUGGGCCAUCCCACCUCCGUCCCCACGGCCGGGCCGCGUGAAGGAAGGUGAGGCUCCGGGAUCUCCCCACUUUGUACCCCACUCUGCCCGGCACAUUCUCUGGGCGUCCUUGCUGCACCCCCUCCUUCCCCCGCCCUGCCCCCGAAGCUGGAACCUGCUGGACCUGAUGAUGCUGCAGAGCGCGCAGAUGCACCAGCUGCUUCUGAGUGGCCAGGUGCCAGCGGUGCUCAACCCGGGGCUCGCCUGGUCCGGCCCGCAGGUCUACCUGGAGGGUCAACAGGAGGCGGCGUAUGAAGAGGAGGAGGAGACCGAAGCCCAGGAGGAGGGGCCUUUGGUGUUCCACCACCACUACCUGCCCUGCCCGAUGCCUGCUCUGGGCCCCCUGCUCUCCUGGCCGGCCCCUCUCCUUUCCCCUCCCCUACCUCAGCCCUGCUUGCAGCACUUGGCCAGGGUUCAGCACUACCCUUCUACCUCUGGGAAAAGGGGGACGAGAGCCGUGCCCCCGCCUCCACCCCCCAGCGCCACAGGGACUGUGGGUGUGGAUGUACCCCCAGCUUCAGGUAGGGGCCAGGUGGGUGGGCAGUGGGGCCCAGGCCUGGCGGUGGAUCAGAAGGCCAGGAAGGCCAUGCGCCCUGUGGGGCUGAGGGCCCCUACUGUCAUGGCCGCAGACAACCGGCCUAUCCCGUUCCAGUUUCCUCCUUGGGCUCCACUGAGGCAGGAGGGAGUCACGAUGAGGGUGCUGUCUCCCCCCAGACUACUAUGA